AGUCUACACAAACGUCGUGUUUUGGUUGAACAUUUUUUGAACGUAAAUAUGCGGUAACGUUUUGAAAAAUAAAAGACAUAUUUUAUAUAUAUUUAGAGUUCAUUAGAUCGUCUUCGAAGAACAACAAUUGAAAUAUAGGUCUUGUGCUGUGUCUUAGCUGCAUGAGUUGUAAGUGAUUAAUUAACAAUAGUGUGAACGAGUUCAUAGGUUAUGUUUGAAGGAAUGGAUAACUCUGUUGAGACCAGUGAGUGUCAAGAAGAAACAUUUUACAAGCAUGCAGCAAAAUAUUGGUCUAACAUUCCAGCUACUGUGGAUGGGAUGUUGGGAGGUUUUGGAUUCAUUUCCCACACAGAUAUUCAAGGGUCCUCUAAGUUCCUGCAACAGCUGUUCAAGAUGAAGGACGCGCCGGGCCGCGGCCGGGCGCUCGACUGCGGGGCGGGCAUCGGGCGGGUCACCAAGCACCUGCUCGUGCCGCUCUUCGACCAGGUGGACCUGGUCGAGCAGAACCCGGCGUUCCUGGAGCAGGCGCGGGAGUACGUGGGGCCGUGCAGGAAGCUGGGCGAGCUGUACGGCUGCGGUUUGCAAGACUUCGUGCCAGAGGAAGGUAGAUACGACGUUAUCUGGACCCAAUGGGUGCUGGGCCACUUGACAGACGAUCACUUGAUCCAGUUCUUUAAAGCGUGCAUCGGCGGCCUGAGGAGCGGGGGCGUGGUGGUGGUGAAGGAGAACGUGACGUCGAGCGGCCGCGUGGAGGUGGACGCGGAGGACUCGUCCGUGACGCGGCCGCCCGCGCUGCUGCUGGAGCUCCUGGGACGCGCCGGCCUGCGCUGCCUGCGCGAGCAGCGCCAGACGGGCUUCCCCGCCGGCCUCUACCCCGUCAAGAUGUACGCGCUGCGUGCCGCCGCCAGCUGAGCCUCGCCAGCGUCCAGCGCUGGUAACGUUGUGUGCUACGUCUUCAAGUGUGCACCAAGAGGAAAUCCCGAGAAAAUCACCGUUGUGAAAAAACAUGUAGCACGUGAACAUUUUUUAAAUUGGAUUUUAACUUGAUAUAUUUUUAUAAAACUGCCAUGGUAUUUCAAUGUGUGUGCUUACAUAUUUCUUGUGCCCCCAUACUUUGAAUGUACUACAGCAAAACCCCUUAUUUACGUUAUCGUUAUUUACGUUUUCCCGUUAUUUGCACUAAAUUCUUCAGGUCCCGUUUAGUUCCCAUUUAAUCCAAUACAAUACUUUCACGUGAAUUACGUCUCAAAAAUCGAAUCCAUCCCGCUAUUUACGUCACGUAACAACCAUAGUAGGCCUAAAAACAUUGUGAAAAACGUAACUUUUAUAGUCGGCAGUGAACAUUUUAAAUCGCAAAAUAUACAUAUUUUAUAACAUGAAAAGUUGCUUUUAUUUCUAAACAUAUAAUAAUUUAAGCCUAGGCGUGUAAAAGUCUGAGUAAUUAUAGCAGGAAACAAUCUAAAAUGUACUAGGGAAAAACGUAAACUCAUGAAUGUAGAAACGUUCUGAUACUAUAUUUAUGUCAACUUAGGCGAAAUACUGGUACGAGACAUAAACUUCACAAGAUAAAAUGAGCUGAGUCUUGGUAACUGUUUUAUACGUAUUUUAUAAUUUCGGAAGUAUUGUACAGUUGACGCGUAAUUUUUAAACUAACCAUUUAUUUCUGAGGAUCGUAAAUAAUUAAUUAUUGGUAUCAAAACAUCAACAUGAACAUAAACUUGAACACGUCACAGCAGCGAGAAAACUGGUGCGUAUACCAAUAAACUGGUACACGGGAGGUGGAGCUGAUAUUUUUUUUUUUCCGCUAAGCUCGUAUCUAUUGGCUGGCUGCUGAUGGAACGUCACGAGUCUGGGCGGAGCGUUGAGUGAGUUAUACUGUGCAUGCGCAGCUCAGAGAACAGAGAGAGCCAGCCGGCGGCUACGCCGCACCAUGACAACAGCUGAUUGAGUACGAUGACUUUUCGUACGGCACGCUAUUGACGGUAAAUUUCCAAUUUGUGGCUUUUUUUUUUUUUUUUUUUUUUUUAAUUUCCUUACUGUGGUGCAAAGUGUAUGUGUAAUGUAGCCCAUAUUUGUUAUGAACACUGCAGGAUGCGACUAUUUUAAUUAACUUUAACGUAUUUCUUACUUUUCCCUUUAUUUACACUUUUUUACUUUGUCCCCAUGAAAAGUGCAAAUAAGGGGUUUUGCUGUAUAAGGAUAAAUAUGUUGUAGGAAGGUUAAUAUUUUAAAUCACGACCACAACAUGGUUGUUCAAAGGCAUGUUGCAUAGAUAUUUUUGUAAUCUUCAAAAAUAUGAAACUACCCGAAACCUUUUCAAACAUGAAUAAACUGAAAUGUCUCAAGUUAACAGAUUAUAUGUAGAUACUAUCAUAAAUAUUGACUUAUUUAUUUGUAAUUUGUACUCUAGUUAGUAAGGAAAAGUAAUAAAACCUUGUUUGAAGGACUACUUGAAGAAAAUGUAAAUUAAGGGUUCUUUAAUGGUGCUUUAAAUUGUGGUGUGCACAAAGAUUCGUGUUUGAUGCAAUCCUUUUGAUAGUCUUAAUGUUUGCUCUGUUUGAAUAAAUAACCUGUUA